UCGUUCCCCCCCAGCUUUCAUGGCGGCCGGUCAUCCCCAUCAACCGCGCCGCGGCCGCCUCCCUGGGAGCCAGGCGGGCGACCAGGGGACUUCCCGGGGGCGCGCGUGGAGGCUCCCCCACCGCGCUGCUCGGGCUGCCACGCCUCCGCCGUCCCGUCGCCCCCGCCAGUCACCGGAGUCAGGCUGGACCCGUGUCCAGAGUAGGAAAGCCAGGAGGAAGGAGAAUUCAAGUCACCUUGUGCGGUCCGCAGCUGGGAGACAAGAAGGCCAUUCUUGGCCUGCCUAUCCGCGCCCGUGGUCAGCUGUGCAGCAUUCUUGGCGACGGGGGGCUCCGGGCAGCGGCCAGCGGCAUGGCCCCUCUGCUGCAUUUGCUUGGCUUCUGACCACCGUGCAGCUCACAGUCGUGAUCCCGUACGGUGCUUCAGCUGUCGCCGCUCAGGGCACCGGGCUGCACGCUGCCCAAACCGCCGCUCCACCUGGCAAGUAAGGUGCGCCUGCGCCCGCACCAGACCUCCGCACGACGCACCGCCGAGCCUCCUCCGCCCCCGCCUCUGCGUCGCCCUGCUGCUCGCCAACCGCCGGGGAGCCGCGCCGCCACACCUCUCCCCCCGCCUCCACCGGUCACUGCGCGCGCAGGGAUGGCUCGCCUGGGGGAUCUCUGCACCAGGCCUGACGACGACUUCCUCUUCGUGCCGUCCUCCGUUGAUUUGGAAAAGGAGGUCGAAGAGUGGGAGGGCACCGCUCUGGUCGUCAUGGCCAUGAGCGCGCCGGCUUCCACAGGUGUGCGGGAGGUCGAGGCGGUCGUCCUCGACGAGAUGUGCCUGCAUCGCGGGGCGGUCGUGGUGUCUAGGCACCAGCCGGAGCCCUUCCUGCUGAAGUUCUCCGACCACCGCCGCGCCGAGGAAGCCACCAGGAUGAAGUGCUUCCGUCACCAUGGAGUCAUCCUCAACGUCCGUCCGUGGCGCAGUCUGUCGGCGGCGCUGGGCGCGGCAAUGUUCUUCAGGGUGCGCCUCCGUCUGGAAGGGGUGCCGAUGCAUGCCUGGUCGCCAGACAUUGUCGAGAAGCUGAUUGGGCGGAACUGCGCCCUGGAGUACAUCGACACCAACCUGCUGCAUCUGGACGACACCAGGACCAUCGACUUGGGGGCUUGGACCCCCAACCCGAGCAGGAUCCCGAAGCGGAUGUGGCUGAUCUUCACCAAUCGCUCCGCUGGGGGGCCCUCCUUCUCCGUCUCUGCCUCCCCACUCGAGCGAUGGCAGAGGGGCACCAAGUAUGGGGUGUUGCUACACCUGGAGUGGAUCUACGACUACACCAACGCCUCCUCUGAGCCCUACGGCGGCGCCCAGGCGAUUCCGGAGCCGGAGAAGCGCGAGCUGCCGUGGGAACGGGGGGUAGUUGACGGCGCACUCGCCGCGCCUGCUGCGUUCCCGCCCUUCAACGUGCCUCCCCCUGUCUGGACAGUGCGCCAGGACAGGGACGACAUCUCCCGCCGAAGCUUCAAGGGCGGACAGCACGACAAGAACCGCGAGGCAAAUGGCGGCGAGCGCCACCGCCAACCACGGUACAACAACGACCACCCGGACCGCACUUGGGAAUGCCGGUGGAGGGGCGACCGUGAUGAUGCGUCGGGCAGGAGCCGGUCCACAGGGAGCGCGAGCGCUCCCCUCCGCUACGCCACUGGGGGGAGCAGCAAGGUGGUAGGCGCAAGGGGGCUGUGCCGGACGAGAAGGAGCCCUUUGCUCGCCGACCUCCCACUCUGGAUCUCAGGCAGCUACAAGAAGCCGAGCUGAGGUUCCUGUUCAGGGCGCAGGCGGCGUCCAUCCAGGAUGUGGUGACCAACCUCCUCAAGAACCAUUCAGUGAAGCUGGUGCAUGAUUUGGUGGGGCCGUCGAUGGAUGAUUACAUCCUCAAGGCGACGGCGCUGGCCGAUAACCUGGGCCUCGAGCCUGAACCACUUCUCGCCCCAGUGGCCGUUGUGGGGGAUGAAGCCUUGAGGUCUCCACUCCAUCUGAAGGCUAAUGUGGAGAUGGAGCUGGACAAGCUGGCGCUCGUGGCCAGGGAGCUUCCAGCUGGGGAGUUGCCGCUAGUGCACUCGCCGGUUGCCUCGGCCUGGGGACACGUCGCCGCGUGAUGGGCCGGCACUUCCUGACCCUUCAACUGCCAUGGGCCUGGAGAUCUUCUUCAGCACACCGCCAGCACCAGUCCUUCCUGCUGGCCCGGACCUGCCGCCGCCGUCGUGUGUAUGACAUGUCCAAGGUUCGCCGGAGCGCUCGGCUGGCGAUGAAGCCGGUCAUGCCGGCUGAGAAGAAGGCACAGAUCAACCUGUGCCGCCGGCUGGGCCUCGCCAAGGAGGAGCAGGCGACAAUGGAGGAGGUGCUGCGCGACUACAUCGCCAUGUUCAGUGGCCCGGUCCCUGAGCACAUCAUUGCGGCGCUUUCGACGUUCUUCGACCUGCACAGCGAGCUCGCCGCCGAACUCGAUGGGGCGUUUCUUGAGCUGGCUGGCGACGGACUUGAUGAUCUGCUGGAGGCAGCAGCGAUGGCUGGGCAGUAGUCAUCGUCCGGGCACUGAUAGAGUCCACCUUGCUUUCCUUAAUGUCACCUACAAACUGUGCUUCCGUUCCCGCGCUCGGGUUGAGAACUGCUCGUCGUCGACGACUCGACCGCGUUUGUGUGCGCUCCA